AUGAGUACCAACAUUAAGGACCUGAUAAAGCAGGAGAAGGAAAGAAGGAAGUUACUCAGGGAGGAAAGGAAAAAAGCGGAAAAGGUGAAGCAACCAGAAGGGAGGGAAGAUAAUUAUCCAAUUGGGAAAGACACACCGGGGAAGAACAAUUACACAAAGAGUGUACAACAGGACAGGCUCUUUUUAAAAAUUCAAAAUAAUUCAGAACAUGGUAGCAUUACGCAAAAGUAUAACGAUGUAGAGGAACAAUUGUGUGAGGUUGGCCAGGGGAGAAGACCAUCCAGCGCCAUUGCCAACAAUGAAAAAAUGACUAUGCAAAAAAUAAGUGACAAUAAAAUCAAUAAAAGGGUUUCCUUCACCGAACCGACUGCACCACUAAACAGGCUAAAUAAAAACAACAAUUUUAAGGAUGCUUUUUUGGACUAUAGCAAUGAAGAACAAAGUGAGAAUUCAGAAGGAGAUUCCAAAAAGGAGGAGAGCAAAAAGCAUGCUGAGGUCGACUUGCCUGCAGAUUUUUUCGACUCCAUAGGGACUUUCAAUCAGAGUAGCUGUGAAAAGAAUGACAAGAGAGCUACCACUCCUAUGGAAGGAACCCCUGGUGGGGGGAAAAAAGCAGAUCUAAGAAAAGUAGACCAAAGUGAGCCCUCUUCCGAAGGGGAAACAGUCAGUAGGGCACCUCUCCACUAUGGCUUAAGUGAAAAGAAGGACAUGUCAAGCGGCAGGUCUGCAUCAUCACAGGAGAUCGGCGAUGGAACCACAUCCAUAGGCCAUCAAAGUGGAAACAAAUUUGAUUUAAAGAAUGAACCAAACGUUGAAGUGAUCGAAACGUACGAAAUUACGGAGGACAUUCUUGGAAGUGCAGAACUG